AGAAACGCAUCAAAGGGGUAAGAAGAAAAACAACAGAGAGAGAGAAGAGAGAAGCGAGCGAUCGAACGGAGGAAGAAUCUUCCUCUCUCUCCCUCUCUAUUUUUACGGAAAGAUUCGUAAAUUAGUGGCAACAAUGAAUAAACGAACCUGAGAAGAAGACACUGCAAAAAACAAAAACAAAAACAAUCUCGGAGAAACACGACGAUUACGAAGAAGAAGGAUAGGCAAGCGAGCGAGCGAGCUUCGUUAAACUUUUUCAAAUUUCGUGACGAAAGAAUCGAAAGAUCAUAUUUUUGGUAGUUUUGAGCGAAACCCAUUUCUCAGAUCAUCGUAAUCCGUCCAUAUGAAUCCGAAAGUCUCUUCAUUUCGAUCUGGGUUUCCGCUAAAUUGAAGAAGAGAUGCAUCACAAUCCAUUCACCACAAUGCGAAGUUUAAAACUUGCAGACGGUUGUAAAGGCACGCAAGUCUACGCUCUCAACCCUCCUAACGGAACCACCGGAACCGGAGGAGGAGUGGGUGACAAGCUCCUCCACCAUCUCCAAGACCACCUCCGCGUUAACUCUUCAAUCCGAUCCAAAUCAAGCCGCACAUACCAACAACCCCCCUCCGAAUCCCUCCUCCCUCACGGCCUCCCCGUCACCGACCUCCUCGAGCCUCCGAUCGACCCGUCUUUAAAAUUCGCCGACUUGGUCGACAAGAUGGCCGAGGUCCACCGCCGCGUCGACGCCUCCGAGCCGCUCGAGAGAUCCGGAGCCUUUCUGGAGCAAUGCGCCGUCUUCAAGGGCUUAUCCGAUCCGAAGCUUUUCCGGCGGAGUCUCCGGUCGUCGAGACAGCACGCCGUCGACGUCCACGGUAAAGUCGUGCUGUCGUCGUGGCUCAGGUUCGAGAGGAGGGAGGACGAGCUGAUCGGGACGAGCUCUAUGGAUUGCUGCGGGAGGAACUUGGAGUGUCCCAAGGCCACUCUUGUUCCCGGGUAUGACCCGGAUACCGUUUACGACCCGUGUCUCUGCAACGUUGUGAAUGUCGUUCCUCCUGAGUGUUCGACCUCUGAGGAGGAAGAAGAAGAAGCGUUUGACUACGAUAUGUCCUUUUGUAUCGGUGACGAAGAGGUUCGUUGCGUGAGGUACAAGGUAGCGUCUCUGUCUAGACCUUUCAAGGCGAUGCUGUACGGAGGGUUCAGAGAGACGAAACAAGGGACGAUUAGUUUCACGCAGAACGGGAUCUCCGUCGAAGGGAUGAGAGCUGCGGAGGUGUUCAGCAGGACGAAGAGGUUGGUGGGAGAUGAGUUCUCUCCCAGCGUUGUCUUGGAGCUGCUCAAGCUAGCGAAUAGGUUCUGCUGCGACGAGUUGAAGUCAGCUUGCGAUACUCGUUUGGCGUUUCUUGUUGAUAGUCUUGACGAGGCGAUGCUGUUGAUUGAGUAUGGAUUAGAAGAGUCUGCGUACCUUCUCGUGGCGGCUUGUCUACAGGUUUUCCUCAGGGAGCUGCCGAGCUCUAUGCAUGAUCCCAACGUUAUGAAGAUCUUCUGCAGCGUCGAGGGAAGGGAGAGGCUGGCGUCUCUCGGCCACGCCUCUUUUGCGUUGUACUUCUUCUUAAGCCAGAUCGCUAUGGAGGAUGAUAUGAAAUCCAACACGACUGUCAUGGUUCUGGAGCGUCUUGUCGAAUGCGCGGUGGAGAGCUGGGAGAAACAGCUCGCGUACCACCAGUUAGGAGUUGUGAUGCUCGAGAGGAAAGAGUAUAAAGACGCUCAGAGAGCGUUCAACACAGCGGUGGAGGCUGGUCAUCUUUACUCCCUCGUUGGUGUGGCUAGGUGUAAGUUCAAGCGUGACCAUAGAUACUCGGCUUACAAGAUCAUCAACUCGCUGAUCUCGGAUCACAAGGCUGCUACCGGGUGGAUGCACCAGGAGAGGUCAUUGUACUGCAGCGGCAAAGAGAAGCUGCUUGAUUUGGACACAGCUACCGAGCUAGAUCCCACGUUGACUUUCCCUUACAAGUUCAGGGCGGUGGCGUUGGUGGAGGAGAAUCAGUUCGGCGAUGCCAUCUCGGAGCUGAGCAAGAUUCUCGGAUUCAAGGCUUCUCCUGACUGUCUCGAGAUGAGGGCGUGGAUCUCUAUAGGUAAAGAGGAUUACGAGGGAGCUUUGAAAGACAUCCGCGCGCUUCUGACCUUGGAGCCGAACUUCAUGAUGUUCAACGGUAAGAUCCAUGCUGAUCACAUGGUGGAGCUGCUCCGUCCGCUGGCUCAUCAGCGUAGCCAAGCUGAUUGCUGGAUGCAGCUGUUUGAUCACUGGUCUUCUGUUGACGAUAUUGGAUCUCUAGCAGUUGUUCAUGACAUGCUUGCGCAUGAUCCAGGGAAUAGUCUUUUGCGUUUCAGACAGUCUCUUCUUCUGCUGAGGCUAAACUGUCAAAAGGCGGCGAUGCGUUGUCUAAGGCUGGCUAGGAACCAUUCGAAGCUGAAGCAUGAGAGACUUGUGUACGAAGGAUGGAUACUGUACGAUACUGGCCACCGUGAGGAAGCUUUGGCCAAGGCUGAGGAGUCCAUUUCUAUACAAAGAUCUUUCGAAGUGUUUUUCCUCAAAGCUUAUGCUCUCGCGGACUCUACGCUCGACCCUAAGUCCUCGGAGUACGUUAUCCAGCUCCUUGAAGAAGCGCUUCGUUGCCCCUCUGAUGCUCUCCGUAAGGGACAAGCUUUGAACAACCUGGGGAGCGUAUAUGUGGACUGUGAUAAGCUGGAUCUUGCAGCUGAUUGCUACACCAACGCGCUCAACAUCAAGCACACAAGAGCACACCAAGGCCUUGCUCGUGUCUAUCAUCUGAAGAAUCAACGCAAAGCGGCUUAUGAUGAGAUGACAAAGCUAAUAGAGAAGGCUCAGAACAAUGCGUCGGCGUAUGAGAAGCGUUCUGAAUAUUGCGACCGCGAAAUGGCACAAAGCGACCUUAGCCUGGCUACAGAGCUAGACCCUCUCCGUACCUAUCCUUACAGAUACAGAGCCGCAGUUCUUAUGGACGACCACAAAGAAAAUGAAGCGAUAGAGGAGCUUUCGAAGGCGAUAUCGUUUAAACCAGAUCUGCAGCUGUUACAUCUACGGGCAGCGUUCUAUGAUUCCAUGGGAGAAGGAGCAUCUGCUAUCAAAGACUGCGAAGCAGCGUUGUGUAUGGAUCCAGGUCAUGCAGAUACACUCGAGCUCUACCACAAAGCACGUGAAACAAAUGCUACCGAUCAAAAAUAGAACAAAAGCAAAAUCUCUUCCUCUUCUUUCCCUCCUGGUAUGCUUCUUCUACACUGUUUCAUAUUCUUGACUGAGCAGAGAAGAAGGGUUUGGGUUUGAGUGAACAGAGAAGAAGAAGAAGCAUAGCCAUGUAAAUAGAAACUCUUAUUUUAUAUAUUUUUUUCCUUUAAUUUUGGUUAUUGGGGUGGGGGAGGUGAGGAUACUAUAUAGCUGUGCAGAGAGUGUUUCUUGCUGCUGAAGGUAAUACGUUUUCUGACCUAAAAGGGGAAACCAGAAAGAAGAAGAACUUACCUCUGGUGAAACUGGACUUCUUCUACUGUCCUAUUUCUACAUGUAUUAUUGUUUUUUUCUUUUCUUUUUUUUUCUUUACUGGAAUUAUGUAAUUGUGUAUCUGUAACUCUCUCCACUUUUUUUCUUUUACAUGCUUCUUGUAUUGAUUCUCAAAACAUCCAAGGAUGUGUUUUUUUUUCAAUCCUCCUGAAACAAGAAAACAAAGAGACUAUUCAUUCACAAUACGUUUUCAACA